AUGACAAAAAAUCUGUUGACAAGGCUGAACUGGGACCCCGCGCGGAAGGCGCAGUCCAUCUACCUCCAGCACCUCAGCCUUGACUCUCAUGAACUUUACACCAACUUUCCUCGAUACCGGACGCAAUCAAUCUUAUACGCAUCAUCCCUUUUCUCGUGCCUUAUUACACUCAGGAUCGAUCAUGAGACCGGGCGGUUGACUUCUAGAACAGUAGCUCCCAAGGCAACGCGCUUGAGCUCAGCAGCAACCAUGUCGCAGCCGCAAUCAUCUGCUAGGGACGACAACGAAGCUCAAGGCCUGAAACCCACCGAACAGCAGUACAAACAUACACCGAUAUCGAUCAAGCUAGGCUCAGAAUCGAUCCGCUUGCUCAGGUUGUAUCCUUCGUGUUGCUGCGCAGCCCCACACUUCCAAGAGAAAGAAAACUUGCUACACGUGGACGAUGAAAACGAUAUUUGCGAAGAUUGUUUCAACAAAAGGCUGCGUUACGGCAAUCAUUCCCGGUCGCUGCCUCUGUGCCUUGGCUCGCCUUGCCCAGGUCAUGACUUUCACAACAUCGUAGUGCAGGCAGCGUCCGAUUGGAGAGACGAAUUCUUACUUGUUCGAAACGGGGGCCAACAUAAACGAGUAUCAUUAGCGGACAUGCUGCAAAUCAACCACGACUCAGGAAACAAGUGGGCAUUAUGCACAAAUUGUGAGGAUCACUGGACAGCCGCGUUACAGAAAACCAAUCUGGUCGACACUAUGCUAUGCAAGGAUUUCGAUUGCACCACGAAGAGAUCUUUAAACUGCUGUUCCAUCAUACGAUGUGAUAUCGAAGAGAAGUCCUUAAACGACGCUCCACCAUAUGAAGCUCUCUCCUACGCCUGGGGCUCUCCGAAACUCGAAUGCAAGAUUCAAUGUGGAUCUCAGUUCAUGCUGAUUACCAAAAGCUGCCACGAGGCAUUGGAAGCAUUGAGGCCUCACUGUGGAAAUGAAGUACUUGGAAGUCACGAGGGCUGCUGCAACGCAGAACCGCGUUUGUUUUGGAUCGACGCAAUUUGCAUUGACCAAACCUCUCUGUCCGAGCGAUCACACCAAGUCGACCUGAUGCCAACUAUUUACAACAAAGCGUAUCGAGUUAUGGUAUGGCCAGGUCCCUUUGAUGAGAAGAUCGGCGAAACUCUUGCGUAUUACCGCAGGAAAGAAACGAACAUUUUCAGCGAAAUCUAUGUGUCGGACUAUGCAAAUGUACUCGAGUUCUUCGAAAGGCCCUACUUCAGCCGCAUUUGGCCGAUACAAGAGAUUGCAUUAUCGGUAAACUGUCAUGUACUAUUUGGACCGUACCCAGGUCAUGAUAUCAGGGAUCUACUGGAUCCGUUUCUUCCGGACGAAACACGAAUGGAUUGGGUCCGCGAAGGGAUCAGGAACGUUGAGAACACCUGCAAGCAGAAGCUGAGGCUCCAUCAGCAGGCAUGGGCCUUCUUUCGAUCCCCAGAUCUGUCUGAAGCACAUACACACAUGCGCAAGAAACAGGUUUCCAAUCUACUUCUAGAUGCCCAAGAAAUGCAGUCCAGCGAGCCCCGGGACAAAAUCUUUGCCUUGCAAGGUAUGCUCAGCCUGAUGGGCUUUGCUCUGCCUCCUCCUAACUAUUCGAAGCUGGUUGAAGAUGUGUACAGAGAAGCGGCCGCUGCUGCCAUAAACCACGAUCAGAGUCUACGUAUUGUAAUGGGAUUGACAGGAACAUCAAACUACCCCAAUCUUUCGUCGUGGACGCCAGACUUCUCAGACAGUAACAGCAUCUCGCAAAUAGCAUCCUGGGACGACCACUCCGCAAGCCGAGAUAGCCAGGCAAGCUUCCACUUUUCGGCCGAUGGAAAAGUCCUUCAUACCCAAGGAACAGUUAUCGAUACCGUUGUGACAACAUAUACUGCAUUCACCGACUCUCUCACCCUUAAAAACACACAUAUUUUCAAUCAACAGCUACGGAACCAUCUCUCCACAGAUGUGCGUCAGGAGGACUACAUAGCCCUUCUCGGCGCAGUAUGCACCAAACACUGGGAAACAGCCUCUCGCCGAUACCCAGCUCUAAGAGGCAUCAUCCGCAGACUCCUCAGUCUCAUCAAAGAAGACAUCGUCGCGACAAGCCUCGCGAAGGGGAAACAAUCCGUGCACAACGAACUAAGCAGGGCGUUGGAUCGUAAAGUCCUGUUCCGAACAAGCCAUACUCGGCUUGGCUUUGCUUCACAACAUAUUCAAUCCGAUGAUACGGUUGUUUUGCUUUCGGGGUGCAGACUGCCAAUGAUUAUCCGGUCGCAGGGGGAGGCGUGGCGAGUCGUGGCUCCAGCGUUUAUACAUAGCGAUAGCAUUAUGGAAGGGAAUCUCUGGAAAGACGACAUGGAGUUGCAAGAGUUUGCUUUUGCAUAG